CAGGAAGCUGCAAAGAAAGAUGUUCUAAUUCCGGCCCGCGACCGCUUCCUCGGCUACAUGACGGACUUUCUGAAGAAGAGCAGUUCCGGAUACCUAUCUGGAAUAGAUCUCACGUUUGUGGAUUUGAUCUUGGCUGAACACGUCUACAGCAUGCGUACCGUAUUUCCGGAAUACACUCAGGAACACUAUGAGAAAGUAACCUCUGUGCCAGCACUGAAGAAAUGGCUUGACGAGCGCCCACACACCGCGGUCUGA